AUGACGGAGGUGGCAAAGCUGCCGCUGAGCUGCGAACGUCUUGAGGUUCUGGAUGAGUCAACAAUAGCAGCCUGUGGCCAACAGGUCGUGUACUUUCGCCCACUACCGGGUUCCGCGCAGGCGGCGGCCUCUGCUUCGUCGGUGGAGGUUUCUUUGACAGAAAGUGUUCACUGCUGCGCGCCAUGGCACCCCCCCGGGGCCGCGCUGCAGCAGUGUGGCGUUUUUUACGCAGAGGCGGGCCACGUUCACUUUUGUCGCAGCGGCGGCAGCGGCGGCCAGCCUGCACAGGAGUCGCGGAAAGUACUGCAGCCACCACCACCAGCCUCCGACGGGAUUGCAGAGAUGAGGGUAUUUUUUGGCACGACGCUAGUGGUGCGCACCGCCGACGCCAUUGCCUGCUACGCGUUGGAUCCCGCCCUUGGGGCCGAGGUGACACAAGCGCCGCUGCUCGGCCGCGUGGUGCUGCAACACCCCGCACCCGCCGGGGAUGCGACGGAGGUGGUCCUGAUGGACGGCUCUCCUGCUGGCGAGGUAGAUCACUCUAUCGCUGUUGUUAUGUACUGCAACACCACGCGGCGCCUGAGCGCGCUUCUUCUGGCGGUAGGGCCCGCCUGCGUGACAGUGCUGGGACAGACGCGCGACGGUGGCCUGGCGAUGCCGCUGGACGUGAAUGCACCGCUGAGCAGUUGGUCAUUCGAUUGGGCUAGGCGUGAGGUACUGUUUGUGUUCGCUGCCACCGCCACCGGCCCCGCGACGCUGUUGACGAGGACCCUCUCCCUCGCCACGAUGGAGUGGGCGGCCUCCUCCACGGACCUGACGCCACUGCCCUUCGUUCCUGCCGAUGUGGCCCACACGCACACCGGUGACACCUGGGCGCUGAAAAACUCUGGCGAGGGGGCUGUAAAGCUCUUCAAGCUCUCCCCUGGGUGCGUGACGCGGGAGGUGGCGCUGCAGCAUUCCACAGGUCGCGGUACCGUCGUCUUGACCACGUUAGGCUCCAGGCUGUAUGUGUUGCUGGGUGCGAGUCUGCUGGAACUGCGGGAGGAGGAUGGCAACAAUGGGACGACACCAACAGCGACGUUAUGUGAUUGGCUGGUGCAGCAGAUUGCGAGGGAGCCGCACGACGGGAUGCGAGGGCAAACGUCGGGGAGGGAGGGAGCCGGCAAUAGCGUGAGGAACGAGAUGGAUGUCGUACUAGAUUUCGUAAACGACCCCGCAUCUAGUUUGCCCGCCAUGAUUGUGCGCGACUGUCGCUACGUGUCAUGCGCACCCGAUGCUGCGGAGGAAUAUCGCCACGCCAUUCUUGACGCACUACAGGCAGCGAGCGGACAACGUGGCAGCAACAGCGCCCUGCUGCGAUACAUCACAGUGGCGCAGUCACUUCACCCGUCAACUAUUCUGCGGGUCUUGAGCGUCCCUGACCCGUCUGUCCGUCUCAGCCUCGCCGUGUUGCUUGCGACGAAGCCGCCACUUAUGGCAGGUGGGGUGCGACUGUUGGAGUGGGGUUCCCCGGUGCGUGUCUUUUGCCAGAGUGUAGGACCGACCCAGGCGAAGCUUUUCACUGCGGCGCUCUGCGAGAGUGCCCUCACUGCCCUCGCCGCCGGUGCGCUUGGCGCGGUAGAGUUGCUUUGCGCCGUCGCGGACUUUGUGAUGGUCGCAACGCUGGGCAGCGACAGACGUGCCGCCGUGUCGCGCGAAGAGGCUGCGGCGGAAGUCUCCAUUGCGGAGGCGGUUGGAGUGUUAUCCUCAUACGCGCAGUGGGCCCUGGCGGCGGCGCCGGCGCUUGGGACCAUCACAGCACACGUGGGGCCCGUGCGCAACGGGACGAAGGAGGCCGCCGUACGUGACCGCGUCGCCCACGGCAUUGUCCUCUCGCGCAGCGUGCAGAUUGAGCCAAUGUCGCUGCUAAGGCGGCAGCAGGCGAGUUAA